CCGGCUUCUCUACGCCAAUCUCCAAUCUCUCCUCAUUUCCGGCCAAUAUCUCUUUUUCCACAUUCUAAUUCAUCACAGAACAAGUUCAGCUCCGCCCUCCUCCAGAUAAUUUACUCCCACCAUAUCUUCUUGAGCGAACACAGAUGGAUACUUAUACACUGUAGAAGUGUAGAUCACCGCCACCAAUCUCACCGUUGUCAUCCUCGUCAGAAGUUCUGAUUACGAUUUGCCGAGUUUGUUCUGAUUAUGAUUUGCUGGUUUGAUUUUUUCUAAUCGAAUGGCUGAGCUGAUGGCUGAAAUGCAUGCUAAAUACAUUCUAUCAGUUGAAAAAAUGGAACUAGAAAUGACCUUCUUUUCAUGUGCUUCAUUGAUGUGCUGGUCAAAUGCUUGCUUGUUUAAUGCCGAUCAUACUAAGAGUGGUGAAAUUAUUUCAAUUACGAGAACAAUACCCUUAUACUCGUUUCGAAUCACUCGAGAAGGCAUGUCGUCUAGUUUCAGCAUUAUCCGCAGUAAGAGAAAGGAUGAUUUUGAAUCAGUGGCGAUGGAGCACCUGCGAAUGAAUGGCGCUUAUUGGGGUUUGACAACUCUUGAUAUUUUAGGAAAGCUUGAUGCUGUUGAUCAAGAUGAAGUCGUUUCAUGGGUCAUGCAGUGCCAGCAUGAAUCUGGUGGUUUUGGUGGGAAUAUAGGACAUGAUCCCCAUGUAUUAUAUACGCUCAGUGCUAUUCAGGUCUUAGCCCUGUUUGACAAGAUAGUUGUUCUUGACGUCGAGAAGGUUGCCAACUAUAUUGCCAGCCUGCAAAAUGACGAUGGCUCCUUUAACGGUGACAUAUGGGGUGAAGUUGAUACAAGGUUUUCUUAUACUGCUAUAUGCUCUCUUGCAUUAUUACGUCGUUUGGACAAAAUAGAUGUGGAAAAAGCUGUGGACUACAUCGUGAGUUGCAAGAAUUUGGAUGGUGGGUUUGGAUGCACUCCAGGAGCAGAAUCUCAUGCCGGACAAACUAUGGUAUUCAGUAUUGAGUUUUGUCACGGUUUAGUAUUAAUUGACCAAGAACUUCUCAAACUGUCUAUUGCAGUUUUCUGUUGUGUGGGGGCUCUUGCUAUCACUAAUUCGUUGCAUCAUGUUGACAAGGAUCUCUUGGCAUGGUGGUUAUGCGAACGACAAGUAAAAUCAGGAGGUCUAAAUGGAAGGCCUGAAAAGCUUCCCGAUGUCUGCUACUCAUGGUGGGUCCUCUCCAGUUUAAUCAUGAUUGAUAGAGUUCACUGGAUUGACAAGGAAAAGCUGGUUAAGUUCAUCUUGGAUUGUCAGGAUAAGGAGAAUGGUGGGAUUUCAGAUAGGCCAGACGAUGCAGUCGAUGUCUUUCACACUUAUUUUGGUGUUGCUGGCCUGUCCCUUCUUGAAUAUUCGGGAGUGAAAGCUAUAGAUCCGGCGUAUGCAUUGCCAGUUGACGUUAUAAAUCGAAUCCUCGUUGGCAGAUAAAUGUAGUCUGUGGUUGCUGAUUGCUACAUGAAGUCUGGAAAUAUUAGUAAUGUUGCAGAACAUAAGUCCAGUUUAAAUGAAUUUAUUGUAUGAUAUUGUUAUUGUUCAGCUCUUGAUGCGCAUGUGGUUUAACUUUAGAUCAGAUCCUAUUGAGCUCAAAUGAUUAUUUUAGUUCACUUUUAUGUUUAAUUAAAGUUGCAGUGGAGCUGGAGUUUGAUAUGCUUUCUCAACACUGGAUCAUGCUACAUGUUCUUCUGAAUGUGUUUAAAGUAUGUUCUUGCUGAAAUUUUAAAUCUACCAAGUGAUAAAGGGAAUGCAG